CUCCUCCUCCGUGAACCCCAUCAGAGAUAUGGACCAAUGAAGUUUCAGAUGUCCAGUACGGGAGGCUAGGGUCCAACGUUACGCUGCUGUGUAGAGACGCACUGGACAGGACGUCAGUGGAGUGGCGUCUGAACAGGAGUUCCAUGUUGCCAUGGCAGCACCGAGUGACAUCAGACGGUCAUCUGGUCCUCGUGCACGCAGAACACGCUGCCGAGGGUAACUACAGCUGCCAUGACGAGAAGGGACUCCUCAUCCAGACCAUCAGACUCAGGCUAGGAUAUCCCCCCGGGCUGCUCAGCAUUUCCUGUCAUGUGCCCAAUCACAGCCUAGUAUUGUGUUCAUGGGUGGAGUCUGUGAAGACCCACCUACCAGCCCUGUACCACACCUCCUAUAG